CAGGAUGGGAGCUACCAGCAGACAGGACUUCUCCCUCGAGGCGAUGCUGACCCUCAGCUGGCUGGCCCUGGCCUGCUUCCCUGGGGCCGUGUCUGCAGCUCUGUGCCCGGACCAGAGCCCCGAGCUGCAACCCUGGAACCCUGGCCACGACCCAGACCACUAUGUGCACAUCGGGCGGGGCAGGGCCCUGCUGCUUGCCGCGUCUGCCACGGUGAACUCCAUCCACGUCUCCCAGGGAGGAAAGCUAGUCAUCAAAGACCACGAGGAGCCCAUUGUCCUGCGGGCCCGGCACGUCCUGAUAGACGACGGCGGGGAGCUGCAUGCUGGCAGCGCCCUCUGCCCCUACCAGGGCAACUUCAGCAUCGUUCUCUACGGAAGGGCCGACGAAGGAGUUCAGCCCGACCCUUACUUUGGCCUGAAGUACAUCGGGGUGGGCCCAGGAGGCACGCUGGAGUUACACGGACAGAAAAAGCUCUCUUGGACAUUUCUGAACAAGACCCUUCGCCCAGGCGGCAUGGAGGAAGGAGGCUAUUUCUUUGAGAGGAGCUGGGGUCACCGUGGGGUCAUUGUUCACGUCAUCGACCCCAAAUCGGCGACGGUUGUCCACUCUGACCGGUUUGACACGUACAGAUCCAAGAAGGAGAGCGAGCGUCUGGCCCAGUACUUGAACGCGGUGCCCGCGGGCAGGAUCCUCUCGGUGGCCGUGAACGAUGAGGGGUCUCGGAACCUGGACGACGCGGCCAGGAAGGCCAUGACCAGGCUGGGCAGCAAACACUUCCUACACCUCGGAUUCAGACACCCUUGGAGUUUCCUCACCGUGAAAGGAAAUCCCUCUUCUUCGGUUGAAGACCAUAUCGAGUAUCACGGACACCGAGGCUCGGCGGCCGCCCGGGUGUCCAAAGUGUUCCAGACGGAGCACGGCGAGCCCUUCAACGUCUCUUCCUCCAGCGAGUGGGUUCAAGAUGUGGAGUGGACAGAGUGGUUUGACCACGACCGAGUGACGCACACUAAAGGCGGGGAGAAAAUCUCAGACCUCCGGGUCGCUCACCCAGGAAAGAUCUGCAAUCGCCCCAUCGACAUCCAGGCCACGACGGCGGAUGGCGUUAACCUCACCACUGAGGUCGUCUACAAAAAAGGCCAGGAUUAUAGGUUUGUGUGCUACCACGGGGGCCGAGCCUGCCAGACCUACCGUGUGCGGUUCCUGUGUGGGAAGCCUGUGAGGCCCAAACUCACCGUCACCAUCGACACCAACGUGAACAGCACCGUCCUGACCCUGGAGGACGAGGUUCGGUCGUGGAAGCCCGGGGACACGCUGGUCGUCGCCAGUACUGACUACUCCAUGUACCAGGCAGAGGAGUUCCAGGUGCUGCCCUGCAAAGCCUGUGCCCCCAACCAGGUCCGAGUGGCAGGGAAACCGCUGUACCUGCACAUCGGGGAGGAGAUAGACGGUGUGGACAUGCGGGCCGAGGUCGGGCUCCUGAGCCGGAACAUCGUGGUGCGGGGGGAGGUGGAGGACAGGUGCUACCCGUACAGCAACCACGUCUGCAACUUCUUCGACUUCGACACCUUCGGGGGCCACAUCAAGUUUGCACUGGGCUUUAAGGCCGCGCACCUGGAGGGCGUGGAGCUGAGGCACAUGGGGCAGCAGCUGGUGGGGCAGUACCCCAUCCACUUCCACCUGGCGGGCGACGUGGACGAGAAGGGAGGCUACGACCCGCCCACGUACGUCCGCGAGCUCUCCAUCCACCACACGUUCUCUCGCUGCGUCACGGUGCACGGCUCCAACGGCCUGUUGGUCAAGGACGUGGUGGGCUAUAACUCUCUGGGCCACUGCUUCUUCACGGAGGAUGGGCCAGAGGAACGGAACACCUUUGACCACUGUCUGGGCCUCCUCGUCAAGUCUGGAACCCUCCUCCCCUCCGACCGUGACAGCAAGAUGUGCAGGACCAUCACAGAAGACUCCUACCCAGGCUACGUCCCCAAGCCCCGGCAGGACUGCAAUGCGGUGUCCACCUUCUGGAUGGCCAACCCCAACAACAACCUCAUUAACUGUGCGGCCGCGGGCUCCGAGGAGACCGGGUUCUGGUUCAUCUUCCACCACGUGCCCACAGGCCCCUCGGAGGGGAUGUACCCCCCAGGCUAUUCAGAGCACAUUCCGCUGGGAAAAUUCCAUAACAACCGAGCACAUUCCAACUACCGGGCUGGCAUGAUCAUAGACAACGGGGUCAAGACUACCGAGGCUUCUGCCAAGGACAAGAGGCCCUUCCUCUCCAUCAUCUCUGCCAGGUACAGCCCUCACCAGGACGCCGACCCGCUGAAGCCCCGGGAGCCUGCCAUCAUCCGACAUUUCACCGCCUACAAGAACCAGGACCAUGGGGCCUGGCUGCGCGGCGGGGACGUGUGGCUGGACAGCUGUCGGUUUGCUGACAAUGGCAUCGGCCUGACCCUGGCCAGCGGUGGGACCUUCCCGUACGACGAAGGCUCCAAGCAGGAGAUAAAGAACAGCCUGUUUGUGGGCGAGAGUGGCAACGUGGGGACGGAGAUGAUGGACAACAGGAUCUGGGGCCCAGGCGGCCUGGACCACAGCGGCAGGACCCUCCCCAUAGGCCAGAACUUCCCGAUCCGAGGAAUUCAGUUCUAUGACGGCCCCGUCAGCAUCCAGAACUGCACUUUCCGCAAGUUCGCGGCCCUGGAGGGCCGGCACACCAGCGCCCUGGCCUUCCGGCUGAACAACGCUUGGCAGAGCUGCCCCCAUAACAACGUGACCAACAUCGCCUUCGAGGACGUCCCGAUUACUUCCAGAGUGUUCUUCGGAGAGCCCGGGCCCUGGUUCAACCAGCUGGACAUGGACGGAGAUAAGACGUCGCUGUUCCACGACAUCGACGGCUCUGUGUCCGAGUACCCGGGCUCCUACCUCACCAAGGACGACAACUGGCUGGUCCGGCACCCGGACUGCAUCAACGUCCCCGACUGGAGAGGGGCCAUCUGCAGCGGGCGCUACGCACAGAUGUACAUCCAGGCCUACAAGACCAGCAACCUUCGGAUGAAGAUCAUCAAGAACGAGUUCCCGGGCCGGCCCCUCUACCUGGAGGGCGCGCUGACCCGGAGCACCCACUACCAGCAGUACCAGCCGGUCGUGGCCCUGCGGAAGGGCUACACCGUGCACUGGGACCAGACGGCCCCCGCCGAGCUCAUCAUCUGGCUCAUCAACUUCAACAAGGGCGACUGGAUCCGCGUGGGGUUCUGCUACCCCCGAGGCACCACCUUUUCCAUCCUCUCGGACGUGCACAAUCGCUUGCUGAAGCAGACGUCCAAGACGGGCACCUUCAUGCGCACCUUCCAGAUGGACAAGGUGCAGCAGAGCUUCCCGGGCAGGAGCCAUUACUACUACUACUGGGAUGAGGACUCAGGGCUGCUGUUCCUGAAGCUGGAAGCGCACAGCGAGAGGGAGAGGUUCGCCUUCUGCUCGGUGAGAGGCUGCGAGAGAAUCAAGAUCAAGGCUCUGCUGCCCAAGGACGCCGGCGUCAGCGACUGCACGGCCAGCGCCUACCCCCGGUUCGCCGAGCGGCCGGUCGUGGACGUGCCCAUGCCCCGGAAGCUCCUUGGCGCCCAGCUGAAGACGAAGGACCACUUCCUGGAGGUGAAGAUGGAAAGUUCCAGGCAGCGCUUCUUCCAUCUCCUGAGCGACGUCGCCUACACUGAAGUGGACGGCGUGAAGCGCCCCAGCACGGAGGACGGCCUCCAGGUGCUGGCGGUCGACGGCCACCGGGGCCACGUGCUGAGCCACGCCAGCUUCCGGAACGUCAUUCUGCAGGGCGUCCCGUGGCAGCUGCUGGAGCACAUCGCGGCCCUUCCCGACAAUUCCAUCGUGCUCAUUGUGUCCAAGGGAAGAUACACCUCCCGGGGCCCCUGGACCAGAGUGCUGGAAAGCCUCGGCGCAGACAGGAGCCUCAAAUUGAAAGAAAAGAUGGCGUUCGUUGGCUUCAAAGGGGACUUCCGGCCCACCUGGGUGACCCUGGACACGGACGACCACAAGGCCAAGAUCUUCCAAGUGGUGCCGAUCCCCGUGGUCCCAAGUCACCCAGGGGGCCACGAGGAGCUGCGGUUUCCCCUUUCCUGCAACCAACCACAAAGCCUUUCUUCAGAGAGGGCCUUCUUGGCUCCCCGCGCCCGGCCGCGUCCGUGACACUCGGGCAGGAGGCCCCCUCCCCGGGCUGAGUCGACACCUCCUAGUUCGCCCAGCGGCUCGGAGGUGGCGGUGGGAUGGGGCGGCUGCGGGGCCCUGGGAAGGGAGCCGAGAUGACCUCAUGUUCGCGGCUACAGUUCUGCGGGGUUUCAGACCCUGGCAGUGCGAAGGGCCUAAGCACUGUGAAGCAGUUGGGAUCACUUCGGGUGGCCAGGACGCGGGCUGCCUCCAGUUCAGUUACUUUCCGAAAUGACCCAUUUGAGAUCCCUCAGAGUUGUACCUACGUCUAACGGCGCUGGAUCGGUGUGCUUUCUCUCCGGCGCGUUCUUGGUGGCGCGGACUGUCUCGUGGCUUGGAACCCUGCUCCUAUGGUCCUCUCUGUUUGUCAGCGUUCACGGGAGCUGGGCCUUUAGGGUAAAAGACACUCCUCUGAGAUGCUUGUCUCCUUCCUGUUGCCGAAAUAGCGGGUCCUUUUUCGGGAAUUCGAUGUACCGUGUGUUUUGUGUGUAAACGGCGCUACCAUGAACAAAGAUGUAUUUUCUAUUUAUUUAUUCUAUAUGCACUUGGAGAAGUCACGGUCAGAGAAAUGAAGAGUCGUCUUAAAUGUGCGAGGGGGGUGAACCCAGAGCCUUCUGUGGGCAGCAGAGGACCUUGGCUCUGGUUUGGAGAAUCUUGCUGUACCAUAGUAAACACACAAAGGAUCUCCUUC